AUGGCGACAUGUAACCAUUUGAUAUGUUGUUUUCUAAUAUUUUUAUUAACUGUCUUUCCGUUACCGUCCAGCAUUCAGAGCGACAGUGGUGAAAUGUACAAGUUCAACACAAAAGUUGUUAUAAACUACAAUGGCUCGUGUCGAUGGUAUGCCCCGACCGAAGUAAAAACCGUCUGCAAAAUCGACAUCACGUACUUUCCUUUCGACGAGCAGCGCUGCACCAUGGUGUUCGGCUCAUGGACGUACACCAGCGGUUCUUUAAACCUAAAGCUCGCCCGAGAAGAAGUGGAUCUAUCGGGCUACAUUGUCAGUGGUGAAUGGGAUCUGGUGAAAGCCGAGGCCGUGCGUAAUGUGGUUAAGUACAGUUGCUGUCCAGAUCCGUUUAUAGACAUCACUUACUCAAUACUUCUGCGCAGAAGGGUGCUCUUUUACCUUAACAAUUUGAUCUUCCCCUGCGUUGCGCUCGCGAUUUUGACGGUGUUUGCGUUCUUCUUGCCUCCCGAGUCCGGUGAGAGAAUCUCGCUGAUCAUAACGAUUCUCCUGGGCUUGACUGUAUACACACUCAUAUUCACAGAAAACAUACCACCCACUUCAGAAGUCACGCCGCUGUUGACUAAAUAUUCCACCGCCAUAAUGGCUUUGCUAGGUUGUUCACUGGUUGUCACAUGCCUGGUUUUGUGGAUUUAUCAUCGUGACACGUCAGUAAAGAUGUCCACAACCUUCGAAUUCUUCGUCUUCAAAGUUCUUGCUAAAAUCCUUAGGGAAAAUCCUGAAUCGGAACAAACCCCAAAAGAUCCACCAAAACGAAAAUAUACUCCGGUGACUUUGGUCGCAGACCGCUGGCCAACGUACUUUCCCGUACAGCGACGUAAAACAUCAGAAAGCGGAAAUUCAAGUCCGCAAAGCCGCUCGCCGAAUGGUGCUCCCCAAGAAUUCGUGUUUCCCGCGCAAAUGGAGCGUAAAAUGGAUCAAGUUAUCGCCAAGCUCGAUGCAGUUGCGAACUCUUUGACAGUUGAUCAAAGUGAAGAAGAAAAGAAAAAGAAAUGGCAGGCAGCUGCCCAAAUCAUCGACAAAAUUUUCUUCUGGUUUUUCACAAUAGUAGUUAUCACAGUGACUGUUGUAAUGUACUUUAUGAUCCCUUCCUAAGAAUUGAACUGGAUUAGAACAACAUGAUUUAGAGGACUGUAGAUCUAUGAAUCAAACCUCUUUCUAUGAGAGCGACAUUCAAGUGGAAGCUAUUAAGAUGAACUUUGAAGUGAAACUGUUUAUUACGUUGUGCAAGGAUGUUUUAACUUUUAGGUCUUUGAAACGAAACCUUCGCGUAUAACCAUUCAAAUGAAAGUUAUCCAGCAAAACUGUCACGCCGCAUUUCUACUUAGCUCUGUAUAUUACGUAGUUCAUAAUGGCCCCAACUUCUGUAACUCUGUAGAUGGAAAACUCAAGUGCCAUCAGGAAAUCUGAAGCUAUUGACAAGUAUUUUUAUCAGGCACCGAUUUUUUUCAUUAUCUAUUUUUGUACAAUUAAAUUUGGGUUUUUUUUUUCUUGUUUAUUGCUCUAAGCAAUACAGGAAUUAAAGAACAAAAAGACAAUUUAGUGAUCGAUCUCAGAGGAACUUUGUAGCUAAUCGAAAACCUAGAUCCUCGUAGUACCAAGUACCACACCGAUCAUAUUCAAAUUGUAUCGUUUCAUAUGUAUACGACUGGAUGUAUGUAAACUGUAGCAAUAUUUUGCACCAAAUGACCCAUAUAGACUAUGAUUUCACGACUCCCGUGGGCCUUGAAAUCACUCCAAGCGAUGGAAAAAAAAAGGAGAAGAGCAGGAAACGGAAGACAAGAGAGUGGAGGGAAAAAGACUGAAAUUCCUAUAAAAUUUACGUCGCCUACUUUCUCUUUAACAAUGUUUUCAUACAUUCGGACAUGUAUGUGGUAUAGGGUAUAUAGUAAACGAAUUUAAAAUAGACUUUGAAUCUACACUUUGAUUCUCAAAAUAUCAGGAUCAAAUAUCGAAGCCUGUUUUGUUACUUGAUGAAUCAAGAGGAUAUUAUCCUGUCUGAUAACGCAACUAAGGUCAUUUCAAAACGCAAAGAGAAUUUGGUUAAAAAAGAUCCUGGUUUUUGAGAUUAUUCUGAGCGGUAUGGAAUUGAAGCCAUAGAAAUGUAAUUUAGAACCGAAUCGAUAGAUAAUCAGGUAAUGACUUAAAUCCACUUCCUCAUGUUUGGAAUCAAUACACAUGCUAGACAACAGGCCAGAUGCCAUUUGAUUGGACAGUUCUUGGGGUUCUCACGUGCGAUAGAUCGUGCGAGGUAGAUCACUGGACAAAGUUCAAAGCUCAAACAAGAGUUGUUGAUUAACUGAAAUUUAUUUCCGAUGGUCAAUAAAUUGUGAUUCUUCAGAGAAACCUACUACUACUGGAAAACCAGUCACAAUAAAUUUCACUAAACAUGGGUCUCUGCACUAUGUGAGGGAGUUCUUUGACAGGAAAAACUCGAUCGCUAAGGUUACCGUCUUAAAUUUAGUUCACAUUCCUGCUUUUCAUGGUUUUUGGCCACGUACAAAAUUACCUUU